AAAAUUUUAUUUCAAUAUGGAUUCAGGCAUGGAUUCUGGAACGGGCAAAUUAUGCCAAGGAAGCAAUCCAAGGGUUCUAUCGCUUUAUAUGGAAUCUGUUCUAUGCUGAGUAUGCAAUAUUUCCGUUCAUCUAGAGUUUUCUUUUUAUAUUUCUCUUUGUGAGGGAGUGAAAUUUAUGUAAAUAUCAGCAAGAUUUUGCCAUUAAUACAUUUGUAAUUGAUUUUCUAACAUCAUGCAAGACUUUGCCACAUUUUUGUUCAAAGAAAAGACGGAUUUUUCCAAGCUCCUAUUCACGCGUCCCAAGGUAUUCUGUUUGAAGAUCUUUUCUGGGAAGUUUCUGCAUCAACUCGAAAUGGUUGCUCCUUAGAUGACUAGCAAUUUCAGAGUAUUUAUCCAUCACCAUUCACCAAGUUGAAAGCUUUACUCAAACUUUCUUCUACAAUUCACACACACUGACUUGGCUCGAAUUCUAGCAGUCAUCACGCUCAUUUCUCUUUUAGCUACUUGCUCUGUUUUUCAGGUAGGAGAUGCCCUCUUAGCAACACAGGCUUUCAAAAUUGUUGUUCCCCAACCUUACGCUACAUUCCAAGGACAAUUCCACCACUCUGUUUAAAUCUGGCUGUUAGGCAUUCGCAUUUAGGCAUCCGAGUUCUGAAAUCUUCCACCAGGAAUAUUUUGGCUGCUGCAGACGCUUCAGUUUUCAGUUUACCGAGGAAGGGAUAUCCAUUUCUUCCCCUACGGUCAUGGUUUCAACUUAAUCUUGGGUUAGAUCAAGAGCAGGAGAAAGGUGAUUGUGAAGAGGCAGAGGCAGAUUUGAUGCAGUCUCAGUGCUCGUAGGGAGGCCAUGGAGAUAGGGAAUGACGGGGGAAGAAACGUACUCAGGUUUUGAUGUUGGGUUCCAACUUUUGCUGUGCUCCUCCCAGCAGCAAAAAGGAUGCAAGUAUAUUAUUGGAGAGCUGAAGGUAAGGGAUGACAUGACCGGAAACCAAACAUCCAAUAUAUAAAUGCUCCUUUU